AUUCCAGUGAUAAUUACCGGGAAAGUGCGUUAUGUAUAAAAUUAAUUCUGCGUAAAAUAAAUUAAUCAAUUAAUUAAUUCUAUCUGCAAUCUUUAAUCAUUUAUCAAUAAUUAUAUUAAUUACCAAUUAAUUAAUAAAUUUAUUACCAAAAAUGAUAUUCUUCAUUUAUUUGAAUUCAAAUAGAAAGUAAAUUUCAAACUCGCGGCAAUUAAAUAGAUGUUGACAUUUGAAAAGAAAAAAAAAAAUAAACAAUUACUCAGUAAUUUGAAAAUUAAUCGCAGUAGCUGACGUUUUAGUUAAUACGGCCCUGGUUCAACUCGUGCCUCCCUUCCUCUCUGUACUUGUCGGCAUAAAAGAACAGCUGAACAGUUUAUGUAGUUGAGCUGAGUCGACUUGACUAUUUCACUUAGUUUUGCUUAUUGCAUAUAUAUCGUACGAUAAGUAAUUGCGUUUGUACGUAGUAUCGGCUUUACAGUACUUAAAAGUCAGUAACAGUUGUGACAUUGUGCCGAGUGGGUAAAAAAUAAAAUAAGUCGUAUAUAAAACAAUUCAAAUAAUUAUUUUUAAAAUUUUAUUUAAAUCUAUUUUUUACGCCCUCUGUUUAAAAUAAAUAUUUUUUUUUUUUAAUUAUUUCUUAAUUGGAUUUUAACCCGACCGGUUUUGGUGUCAACUCAGAGUUUGGAGCUUAUGCAUAUGUAUACGUAUACUUAAAUAUAUAUGUAUAUAUAUUUGUUUAAUAUAUAUGUGUAUAUAGACAUAGAUAUAAAAGUUUAAAAAGUGCGUGGGCUGACAAGGGAUUUGAAAGCUAGUAGGAAUCACAGCUAGGUCAGCUGCUGGGCAUGUGGAAUCGUAAAUUUCACUGGUAACGAGUACUAAUAAUAUGGAAGAGGAAAUAAAAUCAAACAUGAGCUGUGAAAUAAGUUAUGAAAAUGGAGAGGACAAGUCGAUGGGUUCGCGAGAUGAUUCUCCAGUAGUAUUCCCGUCGAUAUACCGCGAAGCGCCAUUCAGCGAUGACCCGGAGGCCAUCGCCGAGCUGGAAGCCUGUGAUUAUGCUGAUAAAAUCACCAUCAAGAUGGCCAAGAGCGGCAAAGCAUCCAGGCGGGUCAGAGUUUACGCUGAUGGGAUUUACGAUCUGUUUCAUCAAGGGCAUGCACGUCAACUCAUGCAGGCGAAAAAUAUUUUCCCAAAUGUCUACUUGAUUGUCGGCGUUUGUAACGACGAAUUGACUCAUAUGAAAAAAGGUCGAACCGUUAUGACGGAUGACGAAAGAUAUGAAGCAGUACGGCAUUGCCGUUACGUUGAUGAAGUAGUGCGAGACGCACCAUGGGAAUUAGAUGAGGAAUAUCUAGCUAAACAUAAGAUAGACUUUGUAGCUCACGAUGACAUCCCGUAUUCGACUGAUGAAGCUGACGAUGUGUACGCGUCGAUAAAAGCCAAGGGUAUGUUUGUAGCAACGCAAAGAACUGAGGGUGUCUCGACAUCGGACAUCGUUGCUAGAAUCGUCAAAGACUAUGAUAUUUAUGUUAGAAGAAAUUUAGCUAGAGGAUACAGCGCCAAGGAGCUGAAUGUCUCGUUUUUAAGUGAAAAGAAGUUCAGGUUACAGAACAAAUUUGAUGACUUAAAAGACAAGGGGAAGCGUGUGAUGGAAAACAUUGAGGAAAAACGUAUGGACAUGAUAAGUAAAUGGGAGGAAAAAUCUCGUGAUUUUAUUGAUGCCUUUUUAUUAUUAUUUGGCAGAGAAGGUCGUUUGUCGACAAUCUGGAACGAAAGUAAAGGUCGAUUAAUGCAGGCACUUUCACCCCCAGCAAGUCCUAAAAGAGCGGGUAGUCCAAAUGGAAGUAGUAGUAGUAAUAAUGACGAUGAUCAAGUCAGUCCACCACCAAAGAAAACUGGUCGUUAUGAUUUCCCAAAUAAUAGUAAUCACUAUCUAAGUGAUGAUUACAGUGAUGACGAAGAAAUAAAUUCGCAUUCCAAAUAAUUAGAAAUUUAGUUUAUUAUUUAAUUCGUAAUAUUUUUAUCUGAACAAUCUUUGAUAUUUGUAAUAAAUUGAUAUUUAGACUCAUGUUAAAGCCUAGAAAUAUUCUAGAAGUUUUUUUUUAUUUUUUAUUUCAAAUGAAUUGACUUGUAAUUUAUUUAUUGUAAACAUGGAAGGAAAAUAGCACAAUCAGGUUGCAAUUAUGCCUUUCAUAGUAUUGAAUUUUAAAGUAAUUGCAUUAUCAAAUGACCUAGUCAGUUGUUAUUGCAUUAAAUAUUUAUAACAAAAACGUUUAGAAAAAUUGAUAGAUUAUUUUUAUUUUAUUUUUUUUUUAAUUAAGAACAUCAAGUUGUUGAUUUUUGUGAUCUGUAUCAAUGAGAACUUGUUUGUUAAACCACUAGCUUUUUUUUCCAACUCAUAUUUUAUGUGUAAUCCAGUGAAUGAAUUGAUAACUUUGUAAUUAAAUUAGGAUUUAUUAAAAUAAUUUAUUGUGCGUGUGGAAAAAAAAAGUGUUUCACAUGCGAGAGAAGUGA